UGGGAAUUGAUACAUUUACGCUCGCAACUACAACGCCGCUCCGAGAAGGUUUACGUACUCUCGAACAGCACGGCCGAUUUUCGUAAUGCAUUCCUCAAGACUAUACGACAAAUCAUACGCGAAAGUGUACGCAACAUGUCCAUACCGAUGAAGGGUUUCGGCAGUAGCGGCUCAGUAUCAGGCAUCUCAUCGCAAGGUGGCGGUUCGGGCAGUUCGCAAACGCUCGAGCGACCAAAGCAACAGAUAACAAUCAUUCAAGGCUCGCAGACCUUGGGUAAGCCCAAGAAGAAGUCCGGUUCGCAGCGUCAUUCGGCCGGCAAUAUCGACUAUGAUAAUCUAUCGGGCAGCCAAGAGGCCGACGAUGUGCCAAUGCUGCAUCAUCAGCAUCAACAACAACAACUACAACCGAGUGGUUUCCGUGGACGCAGCAAGACUGUGGGCGAUACUACAG